UUAUGAUUCCAAAGAUUGAGUUAGGCGAAAAGAAAAAUCGAAAAAUAGGCGCAUUUCGCAAAACAAAGAAAAAAAUGACAUAAUUUGACCUCCAACCCGAUACCUUGUGGCGGUCGACCCGGCGAGUGCGUGCGGCCCAUUUUUAUCACCAGGUCUGCGUCAAAGUGGGUCAACCCGCGGGUCGACCCGCGGCACAUUAAGUUUCAAAUGAUUUUCGUGAUAUAAAAAUUUCCAUUUAUAUAAUGUUGUAUGCGUAUCUUCGUAAUAAAUUUUCAAGCUCACAAAAAACAAAUCAAAUAUUUUCAUUUAACUAAUUUCCGAAAUUGUUUCAAACACAAGAACUGGAACUUAAAUUUCGGGGAAAUAAGAAUUAUGAACGAAUAUUCUAUUUUUGAUAAAUUUCAAAUAUAACUUUGGAUUAUCAAAUUAACAAUUACUCCUCCCCGUCAUCAUCGUCCCCUCCGUUCUCUUCUUUCGAAAUUAUUUUUUAAUUCUUCCGUCACCGCAUCUCCUUCAUUCUUCCUUCGUAAUGACCGAACCGAGCUCUCCCUGUUUGUAUUUGCAGCGCCGGACACCGGCAGAUCAUGCUCGCCGACGGCGGAGGCAGGGAGGAGAAUCGCCCGAACCGAUCGAAAAUUGCAAGGAUAUUCCUGUGGAUACUUUCGUGCUUCGCUCGUCGCUGUUUCCAUGGGGCAGGCCACCGCCGCGAAGCGAAAUUGAAUUUUUCGCUCAGUUCCGAACGCCCCCGCCGCCUCUUUCGUCGCCAGCUCCUCCCCCUCCAUCUUCCAAUCUGCGAGAGAAUCAAUACGAGGAGGAGGAAUUGGGUGGUGGAAGCGAAAUUGAAUUAAUUGAAACCCUAACUCAGUUCCCGUCGCCACCGCCUCCGCCGCAAUCAUCAAUCCCCUUUUCAAAUCGGUGGUCCAAGACAAAGAUCCAGAUGCCCGCGCCACCGCCUCCUCCGCCGCCGCCGCCCCUGCAUUCGUCAUUCGCCUCUUCAAAGAGGUUGUUGUCCAAGAGAAAGAUCCCAGUGCCGGCGCCACCGCCUCCUCCUCCUCCUCCGUCCUCCAGUCCACCGCCUCUUCCGCCGCCGCCGCCCCUGCAUUCGUCAUUCGCCUCUUCAAAGAGGUUGUUGUCCAAGAGAAAGAUCCCAGUGCCGGCGCCGCCUCCUCCUCCUCCUCCGUCCUCCAGUCGUUUCCUCGGAGUUGUUCCUCGCCGAGAGAAUCGAGAUGAGGAGGAGGAGAAGGGCGGAAGAAGAGAGGAAGUUUUGACAAUCAAAUCUCCGCCGCCGCCGCCGCCGCCACCUCCUCCUCCGCCAUCAUUCUCCCAUUCGCCAUUCAGGAAAGCAACCAAAAGCAAGGGAAUCCACUCAUUUCCACCGCCGCGGCCGCUGCCGCGGCCGCUGCCGCCAAUGCGUCCUCGGCGGUCGUCACUAAAACCACUUCACUUUUCAAAGAUUGGGUCCGACAGAAAGAUCCAAGUGCUCGCGCCACCGCCGCCGCUGCCGGAUCUUCCGUUGGCGCCGCAAAGAGUGGUAGAUCCACACAGGAGGAGGCCGGUCGAGCGUCCGCCGUUGGAGGAGAUAGUAGGUGACAACGGUGGCCAGACACCAUUAAACACAAUGCCUCCACCACCGCCGUUGCCGUCACCAAGAAUGGACGGCGAGGAAAUGGGGAGCGGGCACGAGAGUGAAGGUGGAUCCGGGUCGGUUUCUCGACCCGAUGCUAACGUACAGGCUUGUACGUUAUUUGUUGGCAAUUUUGUAAUUACUUAUUCGUUAAUAAGCAACUAGCUUUAUAGUACCUUACCUAAAAUUAGUGUCUUUUAGUUUUUUUUUAGUAAUUAUUUAUUAGCUAUUAAUAGAUUUGAAGAUUUAGUGGUUAAGACUAAUUUUUUUUAUAUAAAUUAUAAAAUAAUUCCAAAUAAAUAAUGGCUAAUCCAAUAUUCACAAAGUCCAGUUUGGAUGUAUAUGACUUAUUUAGACUUAUGUACUAUUUAUUUAUAUCAAAAUAAUUCCAAAUAAAUAAUUGCUAAUCCAAUAUUCAUGAAUAAGUUGGUUAUCCAUUCAUCAUUAACAACUUAAUGACAACUUGUAGAAAACGAUUACGUCUGUCUUAAGUCUUAAUGCAUGUUUGUAGUCCUAGAAGUUUGAAUUCUCGUGAUUACAUAUAUUGCAUAAAUAUAUUAUUUUAAAUUUCAACUUCCAAACGGCCCCUCAAUUAUCCAUACUUACUUUGUCUUUGUAUGAAAGGCGGCGUAGGAAGAAAAAGUGGAGAAAAUAAGAUAAAAAUAGAGAAAAUAACAAAAAGAUCCAAAAAUAUAGCAUUAAAUAAGAACAAUCUAAUGUAUUUUAAUCUCUUUUGCAAGUUUACUUGGACCCAGCCUUUGGGUGAAAUAUUAAAUUUAGUUUUACUAGUUUAAGUGUAAUUUUAUUUCUAUUGAGCAUUUUUAGUUGAGCAGUUUGAUCCAUCGCAAUAUCAAUAUAUCAAGAACCCCCUAGAACUUGAUUAUAGACUUAUAGUUAAUAAAUAGGUUUGUCGGCUAUGAUAAUCGGAUCGAUAUUCAUAAAAGUUUCUAUACUAAUUUGUUUAGAUUUUUGCAUCAGUUAAGAUUUCAUGACUGUAGCACUUGAUCCAUCAUCAUAAAAAAAAAAAUCCAUGGGUGUGCACCUUAGUUAAUUUGUGGAUGUUGAAACUUGCACGAAUGGUGGAUGAUUGGAACCUUUUGCCUCUUAUGAUGGUCCAUUACUCCAUUAGUUAGAUUAUCUUUAAAGACAAAUAUAGAUCAUAAUUGGUGACCCAAUAGAAUUAGGACUGAGUAGAAACCAACUCCAUAUAUUAGUGAAGAUUUAUAAUUGAUCAUAUUUUAUUUAUUUUAACUCGUAUUUUUUUAUAUAGAAAAAUUGAAUUGGUUGAACGGUACCUUAUGACAUUCAUUUUUAUAUAUUUUGAGAGAAAACAAAAGUUGAACUAAGAGAAUCGAACCUGCGGAGAAUUCAUUAAUUUUUUUUUAAUUUAUAAGUGAUCAAGUUUUGUGUUCUCUACUGAGCUUGCUUAAUUUAUCAAUAUUUAUAGAGUAUUUUAAUACGAGAUGACUAAAUAGAAAUCUAAAUUAAAUUUUAGAACAUAUUUUUAAGCUGAAUCAAACAUGUCGAAAUCAUAUACCGUCUGCGGAUGUUGCAUUCUGAAAAUUUUACAAGCAAAUUCAUCAUAAAAUGUUUGAUUUUUCUUCAUUCAAUUAAUUUUAGAUUACUUUAUCUAAUUUUACUCAUAUCUAAAUAACAAAUUGACUGCGAUUGUUGAGGUACUUCAUAGUGGAUGUCCAUCGUGUAAAUGUGAAUACAUAGUAGAAACUAUUGAAUUAAUCAUCUAACAAAUAAUUCACAAUUGCGGGAAAAAUAUUUUUGCUCGAUUCUUAAGUAAAAUAUUUUCUUAAAAUAAAAUACAGAGCGUAUAUCCUCCUACUAAUAUACUUAGUUCCUUUCUUAUAUUAAUAUAGCACACUGGAUGUACAUAGUAUUCCAAAUAAGUUGAUGCAUUGUGAAUAUAAAGAUCUCACAAGUGAAGAUGAAGGGGCGUGGAGAAUAUAGUGUUUUCGAUUGC